ACCUGAAGGCUGAGCCGUCGUGCUUGCUGGUGCAGAGGGGCCUGCUUGUGCUGAAGCUGAUCCAGAGGGCUGCAAGACCAGUGGCUGCUGCUGCUGCUCCUGAGGGACGCUCAGGCCAAUGGGUGCAGGAUUGCUUGCCCCUUGUCCUACCGGGCCAGACUGCUGCUGCAGGAAGAAGGGAAUGGGAGCGAGCUGCUCUGCCAUGUUGUGCUGAGCUACUCCUGCUGUCCUUACGAUCAGCGGUCAGCCAUGCAUCCGUCCCUUGGUCAGCUCGCCCUCGGGCCUUGGACAUUGUCGUCGACGUGACGUGCCGUGCCGAGUGAAGCACUGAUCAAUGCCUCAUCGAUAGAACGCUCUACCAGCUCUCCGCUUGCUUCUCUCCUCCUCCUCCUCCGAGGAUACCCGUUCGGCCGGUCAGUCGGGCCAGCCAUCUGCAGUCAUGGCACUCAACCUGCCUUAUAUCGACCUCCAGCCUGACUUGUCAGACGUGGUCAACGAUGUCUGUCAGCAAGUCGUCACUGCUGACCAGUUCUGGCUGUCCGUCUACAAGCUCGGCUGCUCCUCCGUCCACACGCGCAUCAGGCUCUCACACGAACAAGGUCAAGAGGCUAGCUGGCAGGUCUGCGCGGACGGUGAGCCCUUUGAGGGUCUCUCCAUCGAUGCCGUGCUCGACCGUCAGGGCCGAUCGCUCUCCUUCAUCACACCUGCCAUGACGGGCAUCGUCGUCACCUGCGACAGCCUGGGCGUGCACGGCACAGUCUGUCGAUUGCCCUCACGCGUUCAUCCGACCGUGUCGAAGCAGCUCCUCUCCUUCGACGUCACGCUCUUGCCCGAAUCCACCUUUGUGCUCGGCGGACCGGACGGCUCGCUCUUCGCACGUUCACUCGCGCCUGCAGGCUUACGCGGCCUUAAAGCGCUCCAGGGUCAUCUCGGCGACAUCACCUCUUCGACCUUUUUCCCAUCCGGCGAGGUCUUACUGAGCACAUCGUCUGACUUGUCUGCCCGUGUAUGGAGCGCUCAGACAGGUGCAUGUCCCCGUGUGCUCAAGGGUCACACGAGAGGUCUCACCUGCUCUGCCAUCGUCCGAGAGGGCAAGAUCGUUUUGACUGCCUCUUUCGACCAAUCCAUAAAGCUCUGGCGGCUCGCAGACGGUGUCUGCAUGGCGACCGUGCAGCUACAGCAGGACGAAGUCGUGUUGCGCAUCGUCAUCGUCCAUCGCGAUAGUGCAGGCCCUCCGCCAGACGGUCAUGAAGCUAUCGUACCCGAGGAACGCAAAGGCUUAGUAGGCCUGCUUGCUAUCUGUGCUACUCGGAAUGGCUCCAUCAUCAUUGUCAAUCUGGCGACUGCAGUCGUCGAGCGCAGACUGUCCACGGGCUCUCAGACCGCUGUCGAUGCCCUGGCCUGCAACGAAUCAACCGGUCAUGUCCUCCUCGGCCUUCGCAACGGUCAGCUCCAGCUAUGGGAUCCCCAUACCACACAAGACGGAGCGCAUCUCCUGACCCUUUGCCGAAACGAUGCUGGCAUCAACGACAUCGCACACGAUGCCGCAACAGACCGAUGGCUCAUUGCUGGCGCUGACGGCUUGGCCUAUUCAGUCGACCUAGGCAGCAGCCCGAGCGGGUUUCAGCCAAGAGUGACGAGCGAAUGGGCAGGGUGCUCGAUCGAUACCCUUGUUGCUAUCAAGCCAACCGUCCAGGGCACCUUCGUAGCUUCCAAGACGCAAGGAAUCCGACACUAUAGCUCGUACGCUCCAACAGACUAAAAUCACGCCUCGUCAGAGUUCCUCGUGCGCUUCAGGCGAUUCUUGCCAUUGAAGUCCAGCUCGGCGAACUGCUUGUCGCCGAGCUGCAUGUUGCCGAUCGUCGAGCCUGCGUCCAUCUGCCAAGUCAGGAUGUGGCCCUGCGCGUCGUUCGUUCCGCUGAAUGCAUAGUGCACGCCGGGCUGGCUCAUCUCGAUGAACCACAUGUAUUGGCCCAGUGCUGGAAUUGAGAUAUGAUCUCCCGGUGUGCAGUCU